AUGGGGGGUAUCAAGGGGCACUGCCAUUUCCCCAGCUCGCAGGCGCUUUGGGGCUCACCAGAAGAUGCCUCGCUGGUUUCUGUGUCCAUGUCCCAGCCCCCCGAUGCCCACAGCCACAGGGGCUUGGCACUGAUCCUCUCCCCUCCUUUGCCAGCAUUCCUCACAGCCAGUCUGAGCGUCCUGACAUCGGACGGGGGCCCUUUCGCCUCUGGUCCUGAGUGGGGCAGCCCCGUGGGGGCUCCCUGCCUGCUGGGGCCCCCGCCGGCUUGCGGCAGGUUCGGUGUCCCUGCUGGGGAGGGGGCCGCGGGGCUCGGGGACGGCAUCCAGCCGGCCAGGAAGAACCAGCACGUGUCCAAUGUGUCAGUGCAGCUGGAGAUGCGGAGCCUGUGGGAGGAAUUCAACAGCCUGGGCACCGAGAUGAUUGUCACCAAAGCGGGGAGGAGGAUGUUCCCCACCUUCCAGGUGAAGCUCUCAGGGCUGGACCCGCUGGCCGACUACGUGCUGCUCAUGGACUUCGUGCCCCUGGAUGACAAGCGAUAUAGAUACGCCUUCCACAGCUCCUCGUGGCUGGUGGCUGGCAGAGCGGAUCCGGCUGCGCCCGGCCGCGUCCACUUCCACCCCGACUCGCCCGCCAAGGGGGGCCAGUGGAUGAGGCAGAUCGUCUCCUUCGACAAGCUCAAACUCACCAACAACCUGCUGGACGACAAUGGCCACAUCAUCCUGAACUCCAUGCACCGGUACCAGCCCCGCUUCCACGUGGUGUACGUGGACCCGCGCCGGGACAGCGAGCGCUUCGCCCACGAGAACUUCAAAUCCUUCACCUUCGUGGAGACCCAGUUCAUGGCGGUGACGGCCUACCAGAACCACCGGAUCACACAGCUGAAAAUCGCCAGUAACCCCUUUGCCAAGGGGUUCCGGGACUGCGAGCCAGACGACUGGCCUGGGGCGCCAGGACCCCUACUGGGAACCUUGGCCGGCACUCGGGGGACGGGCCCCUCCUCCCAGCUGAAGGACAUGCAGGAGAAAGGGCUGCCGGGCCGGCGCCGUGUCAAGGGACAGCUCCCCGCCACCCUCCUGCGAGAGGCCGUCCAGCUCCACAACCCCCCGCUCGUGCCACUCGCGGGGGCCCGCGGUUUCCAGGACAGCUCGGCUCCACGGCACCCUCUCCCCACAGAGCUGGGGCCCCCCCUGUACAAGCCCCUCUCCUACCACAGCGUGUACGUCAGGGCCAAGCCACGGGUGGCACCUUACCCACUGCCCGCCAGCCUCCACCCCUUCAACAUCUACGGCGCCAGCCCCCCUGCCCUCAACUACGGGCAGCAGUGAUGGGUAGCCAGGCUGGCCCCCUGGCUGCUUGUGGGGGGGCCAGCCUGGCUGGGGCACACCCCCAGGGCGAGCCCCAGCCACAGAGUGACAGAGGCAGGCUCCAGCCUGAGAGUCUCCCUAGGAGCCCUCCUGGCUGCCUCGCUCACAGUAGCCCUGGCCAGGCUGGGCUCCCCCUAACCUAGCCAGCUGCUGGGGGCGAGGCUACAUGGCUCCCCUCCCCUCCCUCUUGGCUGCUGCAGGGCUGCCCCCCCAGGCCACGAGGCUCUCACUUUGGGCCAUGAGCUGCCACACAAAUCUCCCCAGCUUGUGGCCAUUAAACUUCCCUGCACGAGCCUUUGGCGUGGGGGGGAGCCCUGAGCACUGCCCCUGGGAACGGGAGCCACAGCUCAUGCCCGGGACACAGGGCAGUUCCCAGAGCACAUGGCUGGUCAGAUCCUGCCCCCCUCCCACCCAGGCAGGAGCUGCCUUCAGCACCUCCCUCCCUCCCAGCCAGAGCUGACCCCAGGGUGCAACGGAACCUUGGCCCCAGCUGGCCUGGCACAUGAGCCACACCCAGGGGUGCUGGACCAGUUUAGCAA